AUGCAUGUUCUGGCAGAAGAGCUGCAGGGGGAGGAAAAUGAAGCACUCGGUGGAAGAGAAAGUUGUGAGGGAUAUGCUAGGGGCUCCCAGGGAAUGUGGCAGAAAGAGGACAGAACAGACAACAUGCCUGAUGAUGCUGUCACUGAGCACCAGCCACCCUGUGCUGGGAACAUGCAGAAAGAUGGGACAAACCAGGAGGCCAAGACAGAGCUGCCCUCUGUCCGGAUCAACAGCACAGAAUGCACCACUGCCUAUGGCUCCCACUGCUACUGCUUUAAUGAAGACCGUAAGGCCUGGGUCGAUGCAGGUCUCUUCUGCCAGAACAUGCAUUUGGGCUACCUGGUGUCAGUGCUCACCCAGGGAGGCAACUUUGUGGCCUCCCUGAUUAAGGAGAAUGGCACUAGGGACUUCAAUGUCUGGAUUGGCCUCCAUGACCCCCACUGGAGCAGUAGGUCCCUAGUCUCCUACAGAUCUUGGGCCAUUGGAUCCCCAAGCAGUGUCAACCCUGCCUACUGUGUGAGCCUGACUUCAAACUCAGGAUACAAGAAAUGGAAGGAUGAGGCUUGUGAGGCAAUGUUUUCCUUUGUCUACAAGUUCAAAAACUAG